GCUGCCAUUCCUGGACAAGCGUCGCGAGUGAGAGGGCGUUGGGGCCGCGUGCGCUCGUUUCCAUACCAUUUACCCUUCCAUAGCCCGGCCUAUCGUCCUUUCCUUCACGUCCUUUGCCUUUCAAGUGAAAUCUGACCUAGCUUUCAAUAAUGAGCAAGUUGUACGUUGGUAACCUGCCGGCCGACGCUACGGAAGCGAAUCUACGCCAGCUUUUCCAGGAACAUGGUCUAAAUUGCACUGGUGUGUUGGUGAAGCGCGGUGGAUACGCAUUCGUGGACUGUGCAGACCAAAGUGUUGCUGACCGGUCGAUAGACAAAUUAAACGGCUUCAAUUUUAUGGGGAUGCCGCUGCUGGUGGAGCCUUCCGUCUCGCCCGCCGCCGGAGCCCGGAAAGGAGUCAUGAACCAGAUGAACGACCACGGCAUGAACGGAGGGGGCGGCGGCGGCGGCGGCGGCGGCGGCCCGGCGCUGGACGGUCUGGGCGGGGGCGGCGGCGGCGGGCGGCCGCCCCGAGCCCGGCCCGCCGGCCGCCCCGGCAUGCCGUUCGGCGCGCUGUCGGGCCAGCCGGCGCCCCAGGCCGACUUUCCGCUGCGUAUCCUGGUCAACAGCGAGAUGGUGGGCGCCAUCAUCGGCCGGCAGGGCAACACGAUCCGGCAGAUCACACAGAGCACCCGCGCCAGGGUUGAUGUGCAUAGAAAGGACAACACUGGCUCCUUAGAGAAGGCCAUUACGAUAUAUGGCAACCCCGAAAACUGUGAUAAUGCGUGCAAGAAAAUCAUUGAAGUCAUGAUGCAAGAGGCGGCCAAUACAAAUAAGGGGGAAGUGCCGCUGAAAAUACUGGCCCACAAUAACCUGAUCGGACGGAUCAUCGGCAAGGGCGGCAACGUCAUCAAACGAGUGAUGGAGGAGACCGACACGAAAAUCACCGUGUCCAGUGUGGCCGACAUCAACAGCUUCAACCUGGAGCGGACCAUCACCAUCAAGGGCGGCCUGGAGGGUAUGUCGGACGCCGAGCGGCUGGUGGUGGCCAAGCUGCGCCAGAGCUACGAGAACGACCUGCAGGCGCUGGCGCCGCAGUCCAUCAUGUACCCGGGCCUGCACCCCAUGGCCAUGAUGUCCACCAUCGGCCUGGGCUUCAGCCGCGGCGCGCCGGGCCUGUACGGCGCCGGGCCUGCCGCCUACCCACCCGUCUACCCGAGCGGGCCGGCCGGCCAGCAGCCGGCGCCCGCCUCCGAGACCGUCUGCCUGUACGUGCCCAGCGCCGCCGUCGGAGCCAUCAUCGGACGCAAGGGCAACUACAUCCGCAACAUGAUCCGCUUCAGCGGCGCCUCGGUCAAAAUCGGUCAGCAGGAGGAGGAGGGCGGCGGCGGCGGCGGCGGCGGCGGCUCGCCGGGCGCGCGCCACUCGCCGCCGCCGCCCACGGACGGCUCCGAGCCCGGCGGACACAAGGCGCCGCUGCUGGAGCACGUGGCGGAGAGGAAGGUGACCAUCUACGGCACGCCCGAGGCGCAGUGGAAGGCGCAGUUUUUGAUAUUUGACAAGAUGCGAGAGGAGGGCUACGGCGUGGGGAUCGAGGACGUCCGGCUGCCGGUCGAGUUGACCGUGCCCAGCUCACAGGUGGGCCGCAUCAUCGGCAAAAAGGGCCAGAACGUGCGCGAGCUGCAGCGCUCCACGGGCACCGUCAUCAAACUGCCGCAGCCGCCCGAGGACGGCCUGGCGCCCGAGGAGACGGUCGUGCACAUGGUGGGGCCCUUCUACUCGGUGCAGUCGGCGCAGCGGCGUAUCCGGGCGCUGGUAGCGCAGGGUGCGCCGCCGGCCGGCCGGCCACCGCGCGCGCCCCUAUCGCCGCCGCCGCAGCCGCUCAUCUAGUGACGCUCCCGCCGCCGCAGCUGCCGCCACCACCGACCACCGGCCACCACCGACCGACGCCCAGCCUCUGCCACUCUCUCCUCUGUCCGCCGCCACCUCCAGCCGACCCUCAGGACCGGCCGGAGACGCCCUCCGGCCGUCCCUCAGGACCGGCUGAGGGCGCCACGACCCUCCAGCCGUCCCUCAGAACCAGCAGCGCCCAGCGGCCGGCCGGGGGCGCCAUCGUGCGCCUCCGUGUCACCGCCACCGCACGACCGGAUAACAGCUAGCUGAUAGGUGCGCGGGAAUCGAUGUCUUUAUAUGUCUAGUGAGUAAAUUGUUUAUUUUUUAUAUGUGUUAAUGAAAUUUUUGUUGAAUUUUAUAUGCGAGAGAGCUAGACGGGCCGCGCGUACUUGAGACGCGCCGCCGCGCGCCGGGCGGCCGCCGGGACAAUCCGGGCCCGCCGGCGGCCCAGGAGAGAGUGACCGAAGAGAGAAGACAAGGUGAACAGAAAACAGAAGGAAAGCAGGAGAGAGAAGAGGAGCCUGCAGGGAGCGCCCCGGGCUCCCGCCGGCAGAACCCCACCCCUACCCGGCCGAUCAGCCAGACCGACCGAGCCUACCUCGCGCGCCGCGACCGCCGGGCCGCCACGAGAGCGACAAUGCCAGAGAGUGAGAGACAGAGAGCUGCCGCGGAGUGCUGGCAGGCGUGCCCCUACCUCGCCCGGCGGUCGGGCGCCGCCCGCGCGGUGGCGCCGGCGCCGGCCGGCCGCGCCGGCCGCUCCCUCAGGUCCGCUGCGCAGCCGGGCCGGCGCGGCCGGCCGCCGCCGCGCGCCGCCACACUGUAUCAUAGCUGCAUUCAGUACCCGUUCUCCGUUACUCUUUGCUUACAUGGUGUGUUGGGCGGCGGCGGCACGGCGCGGGUGCCGCCCGCCCGCGCCGCCGCCGUCCGCUGUAUCUGUUGGUGUACGGGCGCGGCGGCCGGUCCGCCGGCCCGCCGCGCGCCCCGUAUACUACCGCUGCCGUGCAUGUACCUAUGUUUAUUGGUAUUUGAGUUGUUAGACUAUCGGUAGUUGCGGCCGGCCGUCUUGGGCCGGCCGCUGUGCGCCGGUACAAAGGCGGCCGUCCCGCGGCGCCGGCCACUCUGACCUCAGCGCUCUACCUCAGGCGCCGGCUGAGCGGGGCCGGCCCGCGCGCCGCGCGCCCUCCACCCCAGCAGUCGACUGUAACCUUCCGAGCUCACCGCUCCGUGGAGCGCCGGUUUCUGGCUGGACAAAUAAAUUAUUACGGUUGA